AUGGGACUGCUGAGGAUUUAAAACUGCACUGUGAGGGGAUGGCAGUGGAGCUCAGAGCUCCACAUGGGGAGGGAACAUAGACUUUGCAGAAGGAUGAGGAGAUGAGGGUGGGAAAGCAGCCCUGCUGAUGCCAGGGGUGCUGGCUGGAAGCCACUGAAGGGAGGGGAAAGGCGAGGCGGGGCGAGGCCCUCGGCCCUGAGGGACCGCCCGCCAUGCUCUUUGCCGUCUCCAUAGCAACCCCCGCGGCGGCGCCGCCAUCUUGUUUACCGUCACCACAGCAACGGCCGCCAUCUUGAUCGGCGUCCCCACAGCACCGGGCCGGGCCGAGCCGUGCCGGGGCCAUGGCGAGCGCAGGGCGGCUGCACGACCUGAACCUCAGCGCCGAGGAGGCGGAGCGGCUCCGGCGCGCCUUCCGCGACGAGCAGUUCCGCGCUCUGUUCGCGGAGUUCGCGGCCGAGCUCACCGACCCCGAGCAGCGGCGGCUGUACGAGGAGGAGGUGGCGGCGCUGGAGCGGGAGCGCGGCGUAGAGGUGCGCUUCGUGCACCCGACGCCGGGCUUCGUGCUGCGGACGAGCCAGGAGGGCUCCCGCCGCUGCUACAUCAAUGUCUGCAGCAACCCGCUGAUGGGGGAGCCGCGGGCCCGCGCCGAGCGCGGCGGGCAGCGCUGGGAGCUGCCCUACAGCCUGGCCCCGGGCCGCGAGGAGCUGCGCCCCGCCGGCCGCCGCCGCCUCCUGUACGACGUGGUGUUCCACCCCGCGGCGCUGCGCCUGGCCGCCCGCAGCGCCCGCUUCCGCCGCCUGCUCCGCGACACGGCGCUGGAGGCCGUGGAGAGCCAGUGCGGGGUGCGGCUGGACCGCAACAACGCCGCCAUCCUGCGAGGGGUCUCAUACAAGGGCAUCCCGCAGGCGCCCGUCAUCCGCUCCCCGCUGCCCGGCGGCGCCCCGAAGCCGCCCGACGACGGCGAGUCCCCGCUGCCGCCCUUUCCCUUCCCGCCCGCCGCUCCCCCGCCGCCCGCCGCCAGAGCCUCCUCGCCCGCCGCGCCCCCGCCGCCCUCCGGCCCCACCACGCCGCGCUGGAGCAUCCGGCACCGCUCCUACGUGGACCUGCAGGACUACCGGCACAGCCGCGACUCGGCGCCCAGCCCGGUGCCGCGGGAGCUGGUGGUGACGGUGGAGCUGCCGCUGCUGCGCUCCGCCGAGCAGGCGGAGCUGGAGAUCCGCGGGCGGGAGCUGCGCCUGGACUCGCGCUGUCCCGCCUACCGCCUGCGCCUCCGCCUCCCCUACGACGUGGACGAGAGCGGCGGCCGGGCCGCCUUCAACCGGGCCCAGCGGCAGCUGCAGGUCACGCUGCCCGUGGUGCUGCCGCCCGGCCCAAGGGAACCGCCGGGCCCGGCCGGGGAACGGCUGGAGGGGGCCGAGGGGCCGGCGGAGGCAGAGGCAGAGGCAGGGCCGGCGGAGGCAGAGGCAGGGCGGGCAGAGGCGGGCGGCGGAGCGGCUCCUUCCCCGGAACUCGGGCCUGGCGGCGCGGCCCGCGGCACGUGUGGCGGCGGGGAGCCCGGUGAUCCGCUCACCGAGCCCCCGGCUGACCCUGACCCACGUUGUGAUCCUCCCGCUGGUCCGUCUGCCGAGCCCCUCGCUGAACCGGCCCUAGAACUACUCUGUGAUUCCCUCACUGAACCCUCGGGUGAACCGCCCAUUGAUCCAACCUCUGAACCCUUUGCUGACUCCCCUGCUGAACCCCCCGCUGAACCCGCCACUGAUCCAACCUCUGCACCCUCUCCUGAACCAGCUACUGAUCCAACCUCUGAACCUGGUCCUGAUCCAACCUCUGAACCUGCCCCUGAUCCAACCUCUGAACCCCCCGCUGAACCUGCCCCUGAUCCAACCUCUGAACCCCACGCUGAAUCUGCCCCUGAUCCAGCCUCUGAACCCACGGCUGAACCUGCUACUAAUCCAACCUCUGAACCUGGUCCUGAUCCAACCUCUGAACCUGCCCCUGAUCCAACCUCUGAACCCCCCGCUGAACCUGCCCCUGAUCCAGCGUCUGAACCUCCAGUUGAACCUGCUACUGAUCCAACCUCUGAACCUACUACUCAUCCAACCUCUGAACACCCCGCUGAACCUGCCACCGACCCACCCUCUGAACCCCCCGCCGGUCCAAGCACUGACCCCGGCUCUGAUCCCUUCACCGCCGCUGAUCUCCCCUCAGAAUCCCCCACCGAGUCCCCGGCCCUGCCCUGCCCCGGUGCCGCUUCCCCCGUGGCCAUCCCCGCUCCAGCCAUGCCCACCGGGGACACCGCUCCGCCGGCCCCCGAGGGCCCCCCCGUUGACACGGCCACAUGCCCUCCGUUCCGUGCCCGGCAGGACGAGGCGUCCCUCACGCUGCUGCUGCUGGUGCCCGGCAUCGAGCCGCAGAGCCUCCGCGGGCAUGUGGGCACGCACCACUACAGCCUCCGCUUCCGCACCGAGCGCGCUGCCUUCGCCCUGUUCCUGCGCUUCCCUCGCUCCGCAGCGCUGCUGAGCCCCGAGAGCAGCGUCAGCGUCUCUGCCCACAACGCCGUGGUGGGGCUGGCCAAGGCCCCCGGCAGCACCGGGCUCUGGGACGGCUUCAGCUUCGGCCCCGAGCCCUCCGCCCUGCAGGAGAGAUUGUUUGUCAGUGAGGAGAACGUUGAUGGAUUUCUAGGCCCUGCUUUGUGCCCUUCCCCUUGCUCCCAAUCAGCCCUGGAAAGGCAGCCAUUAAUUGAAGUGCUGGAUGUUACUGAGGACAGAAUUCAAAUCAGGGUGGAGCCACAGGAACGUGAUGGACAAGGGACUCUUGGCAGCUCAGAGGGAGCCCUGGCCGGACAGACCGACAGCAACUCCCCCGAAACAAAGGCAGAAACAAAGUGUCCUGCAGCCGAGGGAGGUGCUGCGGGCCCCGGAGCGGGAACAAUGGGAGCAGCAGCCGGCUGUGCUUCACCCCAUUGUUCGCAGCCCGAACCUCCUGCCUCCAGCUCAGCCGCUCCCGGCGCAUCCGCGGGAACCCAGCCCGAUUUAGAAAGUGCUGCUGCAGCAGGAGGCACGGCCACAGCCCCGGGAACAGCAGCAGGAGAGCUGCAGGGGGCUGGGGAUGGGGAUGGGGAUGGAGAGGAUGGAGCUGGGGCUUGGUGCCCCAUCCUGAGGGAGGUGAACCCCGAGGACGGCAGCGAGCGCAUCCUGCGCGAUCACCGCACGCACUGCCCUGUGCAGUUCCACAGCUCCCUGCUCUACGAGCUGGAUUGAUUUCAUUGUUUUAGCAUUUCCUUCCUUGUUUGAUGUUUGUUCUGACUCCCAUGGGGAUGGAGAUUGGGCAGGGUCCCCCAUCCUGAAGGAGGUGAACCCCCAGGAUGGCAACGAGCGCAUCCUCCACGACAAAUCAUUUUUGUCGCUGCCCCCUGCACUUCCACAGCUCCCUGCUCUAUCAGCUGGAUUAUUUGAAUUGUUUUAGCAUUUCCUUCUCUUGUUUGAUGCUUGUUCUGACUUCCAUGUACUGGUGGGUGACAUGGAGGCCCUGGGUUCCCACUGAAACUGUUGCAACACCAAAACUUCCCAUUGUUAACAGUUUAUCAAUUCCCCACUCUGUUGCAAUAAUUUUACUUGUAAGAAAAGUUGCAGUUGGAGGUGAGCUCCUGGAAAAAAAAUGUAUCUUUAUUGUUUACAUAAAUUUUUUAUUCUCUUGCCACGUUUCACGGAUUAUUUGUAUAUAUCCUCAGCCUAAUGGCUCCCUCGGGAAUUGAGCAGUAGUCAUCAUUUUCCAAACCUUUCAUUUUGUGAUAACUGCAGGAUUAGACUCACAGUGAUUCUUAGCAAUCAAAUGAAAUUUCUAAUUACCCGGAGAAGUUCUAAUUAGUCUCCUAGAAAUAAUCAACAUUUAUACCCUGUAUUCCAUCCUAGUGCUGUGCUUCAGAUCUGCAGCACCCAGAUAUCCCCCAGCUGAACAAAUUCCAUUGCACAAGAACAUCCUCUGGGUGCAUGUCUGCUCUGAAGUAUUUACAACUGCUGAAAUGGAUUCUCUUUAGCCAGAUUAGAUUUAUUUUUCUCAGUUUCCCUCGAGUGUCAGCGUUUCUCACCUCCCUAAAGCAGAAUAACCAGGAGAACACAUCUAAUAAUAAACUUCCUGUUCCCCUUUCUCGCUGCUGCUGAACCAAGUUCUGUUUUUGUUUGAGAGGUGCUUUAGAGGAGAGUUAAUUUUGCCUCUGUCACAUUUCACUUUGUGUGCGCGGUUUCAGAGUUCAGCAGGAGCCACAGCUGCCCACAGCACGUGCCCUGCCCUCCCUGGUGGCACGUCCUGCUGGAGCCUUGCUGGGCUCAGCUGAACCCUCUCAGCUUUUUGGGAGAGGGUGAGGCACCAGCACAGCUCCAGCACCAGCCUGACCCAUUGGAGCAGAACACAGAGCAGUUACCUUGCAAAAUUGUGGUUAAAUAACCCCUGGACAAAGAAAAAAGCAGCAUUUUCUUUCUCUGACAUAUUUCUGUGUUCCACAAAAGCUGCUGAGGUGCUUCUGCCACAGCUGAGUUCACAGGAGUGGCGCUGAAGCUGCUGGAGCAUUCACAGAUGGCUCCGUGGCCCCAGCUCAGCCCCUUCCCACCACACUGCAGCAGUUCUCAUUUUUCACACAGAUAAUUUGAAACAACUUUAAAAAUCCAAACAAAAGAGGUGUUGUCCACCAAUUUGCUACUCUUUUCUGCCUCAAUUAAUGAGUAUCAUUAAAAACUUAAUGAAGUUAAAUGCACACUGCUGGAAGGAGUGAUGGCACGUGUCCAGCCCCUGGGAUUAAAGAAGAGAAACUUCCCCCUCCUUCCCACCCUGGCUUUUCAGGAACACGAGGUGACAUCAUCUUUUUGCUGACAAUCAA